ACCAGAAUGAAGAGAAGAGGAACCUUUCCCUGGGGGGCCAUGUCGGCUUCGACAGUCUCCCCGAUCAGCUGGUCAGCAAGUCUGUCACACAAGGCUUCAGCUUCAACAUCCUCUGUGUGGGUGAGACCGGCAUUGGGAAAUCCACACUGAUGAAUACCCUCUUCAAUACCACGUUUGAGACGGAGGAAGCCAGUCACUAUGAGAGCGCGGUUCGCUUGCGGCCACGGACCUACGACCUGCAGGAAAGCAACGUCCACCUGAAGCUAACGAUUGUGGAUGCGGUUGGAUUUGGGGAUCAGAUAAAUAAAGAUGAAAGUUACAGGCCGAUAGUUGAGUACAUUGAUACGCAGUUUGAAAACUAUUUACAAGAAGAGCUGAAAAUCCGCCGAUCUCUAUUCAACUAUCAUGACACGAGGAUUCACGUCUGCCUGUACUUCAUCACUCCAACUGGGCACUCGCUCAAGUCCUUGGACCUGGUGACAAUGAAGAAACUGGAUAGCAAGGUGAAUAUCAUUCCAAUUAUUGCCAAAGCAGACACCAUCUCCAAGAGCGAGUUGCACAAGUUCAAGAUAAAGAUAAUGAGCGAGCUGGUCAGCAACGGUGUGCAGAUCUAUCAGUUCCCCACAGAUGACGAAGCAGUCGCUGAGAUCAACUCUGUGAUGAAUGCUCAUCUGCCCUUCGCUGUGGUCGGCAGCACGGAGGAGGUGAAAGUUGGGAACAAGCUGGUGAGAGCUCGGCAGUACCCGUGGGGAGUGGUGCAAGUUGAGAAUGAAAGUCACUGUGACUUUGUGAAACUGCGGGAAAUGCUGAUUCGAGUCAAUAUGGAGGAUCUUCGGGAGCAGACUCAUACCCGCCACUAUGAGCUGUACAGGAGGUGCAAACUGGAAGAGAUGGGCUUCAAGGACACGGAUCCAGACAGCCAGCCCUUCAGCCUCCAAGAAACAUACGAGACCAAAAGGAAAGAGUUCUUGGGUGAGCUCCAGAAGAAAGAGGAAGAAAUGAGACAAAUGUUUGUUAACAAAGUCAAGGAGACGGAGGCAGAGCUGAAGGAGAAGGAGAGAGAGCUGCAUGAGAAAUUUGAGCACUUAAAAAGGAUACACCAGGAAGAGAAAAGGAAGGUGGAGGAGAAGAGGAGGGAGCUGGAGGACGAGAUGAACGCCUUCAACAGGCGGAAAGUAGCGGUGGAAACCUUGCAGUCCCAAUCCUUGCAGGCUACCUCACAGCAGCCGCUGAAGAAGGACAAAGACAAGAAAAACAGAUCAGUAAUAACAGGAAACCAAUCAGGAGUCAGCCUCUCCAGCUCUAAGGUGAUGAUCACCAAAGCCAAUGUGGAGCCCUUAAACUGCAAUAGUUGGUGGCACGCCAUACAGUGCUGUAGCUGUUUGGUCAAGAACGCAACAUGGCGGGAAGGAUUCAUCUGAGGCAGCCCAUGUAGUAGAUGGGGCCAGUUGGACAUCACCAUGGCAUGGAACUGGAGAGAAGUGUAUAUAUAUAUAUAUAUUAAAAAAAAAAAAGCAGAGGUCAGUGAACUUUGUAUGUUUUCAUAUGUUAUCAACCAGAAGUACAGACUAAUUUCAUCUCAUAUCAGGAAACCUAAAGGGUUCCCCCCCCCCUUUUUUUUUUUGUGUUUUGUGUUUGUACUUGCCAACCACUGAACUGUUUUUUCGAGCUUAUAAUGAAUGUACAAGGUCUGUGUUUCCUAACAAUUUCUGAAGUUUCUACGUUAUCCAGAUUACUGUCCAGGAGAGUCAAUUCAGGCCAGCAGAUACAGAUAGAAUAAAACCAAUAAUAAUGACUGCGCACUGAAUUUACUGAGGAAACAAGCACCUAAGAAAGGCAGUUUUCACAAUCAGCAGCCUAAGAUGGCUUAAUAUUUGCACAUAACCUUAAAAAAGGGAUCCAGGAUGUGUUCGUAUCACAUGAUUUUUGCCUUACUAGCACACGAUCGUUUCUUGAAGACAAAGUUUAAUUGUUUCUAUCAAAUGUUUAGUAACUGCAGUGUGAACUAAGUGCCAGAUUGGGGUAGUCUCAUUGCCUAAAACAAGGGUGAACAAUUAGUGGGAUGAAAAGGAAAAUGGUUUAAGAAAAAAAACCUGUGUGUGAAAUGUAGCAAAACUCUGACAGCUUUCUAUGUACAGUAUUAAUAGAAUGGAAAUAGUUAGAGAUAUUUUUGCAGUGUGUAUUUAAAAAAAAUAAAAUGGCGUAUAGUUGUGCUUUAUGAGAAUCUUUUUAACGUCCAUUUUAGUUGUCCUUUAAAGAUGGGAGUAAAUUUUUUGAGCAAAAUGAAAGGUUUUAAAUAGUAGAAAAUUUUAAAAACAAAUAAAUAAAAAAAUCGUUGUAACAUUCUUCAAAAGACUUGCAGAUAGCUGAGAACAGGUAGCUUGCAAAGCAUCUUGGGAAGGAUGUGUGGGUGUGUGUACGUGUGCGCAUCUGUGUUUUCUAGUCUAUUUGAUAAGGAGCUGUUUCUUUAAAGAAAAAAAAUUUGCAAAAUUUAGUGCUUACAAUGUUUAAGAAAUCCAUUGGUGUUGCUGUGUAAAGAUCCCAAUGAAGCUUGUCUAGUAUAAUUCUUUCCAUUCUCAAGAUCUCAGCUGGAGAGCAUUUACAACCACUCUGCACUGCGAGCAUCUUCACCGAUGGUAUUAUCUGUAAAAAAAAAAAAAAGAAAAUUAAAAAUAAUAAAGAAGCCACCGUCCUACAC